AUGGGGGGACUGAUGAAGGUGUAUCAUCAUGGACAUGGUACCAGCAAUAGAGGGCAGCCUUACGGCUUAAUGCUUCUGAUAGCAUUUGGAGCUGCCAUUAUUGGAGUUAUGGUGGUGCACAAGUUCAGAGAGAGACGAAUUUUCAACCUUCUUCUCACAGAAAAAGACCGUGAACUCACAGCUCUUCAGCUUCUACUGCAGAAGGAAAGAGAACAUGCCAGACAAACUAAAUUGAAACUUGAAGAGAUGAAAGCCAAAGUAAAUACUCUUCGAACUCAAAAAAGGGGACUUGAUGGUAAGAUCAUGGAGAUGCGAUCUACAAUCUCUUCCCUUAGAGAAGAACAAAGGACAAUUGAGUUGGUACUCGAGGAAAAGCAAAAUGAGAUCAAACUAAUCAGAGGAAGAGAGACAUAUGUCAGCAAUGAUAACCCUCAACUUAAAGCCCUAUCACAGAUGGCAAAGCAGAAAGAAUCGGGAGUUGAGGAGUUGAAGAACCAUCUUGAAGCUCCUGUCAGGAUCUGGUCGGUGAGCACAGACGAUCCAUCAAAUGCAUCUAUAAAUCUGCAAACCAAGACAAGUUUGACAGAAAGGGAUCAAGCAAAUGCUAAUGAUGGAAAGCAAGUUAGUGCCAUGAUGAAUGAAUCCACAAACCAUGAAGUUGCAGACAGCUCAACAGAACAAGCAGAGAGCGGCAGAAGCAAAGCUGUGAUCAGUGAAAAUGAAGAACAAACAACACCAAGUGAAGAUGGAAUGGAGAAUGGAGAAACUAAUGUUGCAAGCAGAGAAGAGAUUGGAGAACAGAGUCAUAAAGUGGAUGAUUCAGAAGAAAGUAUGUCGGAAGAUAGAAGCACCCCUGCUGGGGAAAGAACUGAUGGAGAUGCAGGUAUGAACAUCAAUACUAAGUCUCAAAGUGGGGAAGCUUUAGUAGUGCCAGAAAAUAAUGACAUUGCAAGGACUGAGGCUGUUGGGAACCAUGAUGCUGAAGUGCAAAGGGCCUCAGAUGAUAUAAAUGAAAUGCAAACUACUCAGAGUAAAGUGCUUCAAACAUCAGGGGAUGGUCUUGCAGGGAAAAUAGUUAAUGCCCAAGGUGCUGAAAAUCAAGAUGCUGUGAUUACUUACAAGGGCGGAAUGAAGUUAGAAGUGCCAGACCAACCCCAGAUUCGGCAAAAUAGGCUGGAAAGAGAUCGCUAUUUAAAGAAAACUAAAAGAAAAUGGCUGAAUAAAAUACAUAGAAGUAAAGGAAGCACAGGGAACUCCGUCAGCAAAGAAGUUGCAGUCAUAAAUGAGAACUUGACUGUGGUAACUGAAUCCAGUUCAGUGUAUCAUGAUAAAAAGACAUCUGAUGAUCUUCAAACGGGUGAAAAUUCAAAAAUGGAGGCCAAUGAAAAUUUUCUAGAGCAUGGUGAACUGCAAGAGGAUAUGGACCCGAAAAAAGCAGAAAACAACACAGAAGAGGGUAAGGAUGGGCCAAAAGGCAUUCGGUUGCUAAAGCAAGAAAAACAUCAAGAAGAUAGAAAUAUUACCACUCAUCUGAUGGCAGAAAAAUGGCAGACACUAAAUAAUACAAGCAUAAGCACUGAACUUGAAAACAUUCCCUUGGAGGACACACCAACAAGCACAACCAUCCACAUUGAGGAAGCAACAUCCUCAGAAGCCAAACAUCAGAAACAACCAUAUCUGGAAGAAUCAGAGAAACAAGCCGUAGAGCUCCAUCGACCGGAAGAGAGAAUAGAUGCUCAUAAAGAUGAGGUUUCAGAACAAACAGAAACUGGUAGCAAUGACAAAGAACUAGACAAUCCUGAGAUGGAGAAUUUUAAAGAGACUGAAUCAGAAAGUGAUGCUUCCAGAGAAUCCUUAUCAGAUUUUGUAACAGAUGGAGAAUCGAACUCUGACAGAUCUAACGAGCCUGAGUAUUAG